GUACAUUGUACAUACAUCCAACCAUCAUCACGCAACAAUCAUCUACUCUCCAAAUGAACACCAAACUCGGGAAUCUUAAACCCGAAUUUGGCUUGUUGAUGGCCGCUAUCCCUUAGAUAUCUAGAUAGGCAGUGCAGCACCUAGGGCCCUUAACAAUGUUGCGCACCCAGCUCAGAAGAAUUGCACUACCUACACCUAAUCGUCUAUCCGGAGCCGGUCCAUCGAAGCGCACACUUAGGACCGGGCCCUACUUCCCGGGAGACCAGCUCCCGGCCGUUCCGAUCCUUAGGCCGACGCUAUGGGCCUUGGCGGCUACAACCACCAUCUUUCUCGGAUGCGCCGCCUAUGACGUCCGUCGAGACGUCCAGAACGCCAAGAGGAGAGGGCUUUUCAAAGAUGGGAGCGUCGCUUCGUACGAAGACUUAGAGGACGCCAGGCAUCGCGGACAUGUCCUGCAUUCCCUGUUCCGCAAACAACCGCAGCCGUCGAAAUGGCACCUGCCGGGCCAGAUCGGCGAGAUGCUCGCGGGACACAACGACGCGGAGAAGUUGAUCUUGGGAUUCUCGGCUCUCCACAUCGGCCUCGUCGGGGCGAGCUCUCUCGCCCCGGGGGCGUUCAUGCAGUAUUUUGCGCACACGCCUUGUUUUAGCCCUAACUACACGCUCCUGACGUCUGUGUUCGGCCACUUGGGUCUGCUCCACGCCGGGAUCAAUACCUUCGCCUUGCUCCAGAUAGGACCCGAGGUUGCGCGGUCCCACGUCUUCGCAGGAAACGGCAGUCACUUCGCGGCUUUCUAUCUCUCGGCCGGCAUACUCUCGUCGCUGGGGUUCCAUCUUGCCACCGUCUUGCCCACCCGGACUUACAAGUUCAACCGUCUCGGUCCGGGCCUGGGAGCUAGCGGCGCUGUUAUGGCUCUGCUAGGAGCAUGGGCCACAUUGUAUCCGAAUGCGCGGCUGGGCAUUAUGUUCAUUCCCGGGAGUUAUUCCGUCGAGAACUUCAUGACGGCUCUUGUAUUAUUUGAGCUGUACGGGUUGUUCAUCGGCAUUCCGUACUUCCGUCUCGGACACGGCGCGCACCUCACGGGUCUUGCGGUUGGUGCCGCGUACGUAUACUUCGAUGGCAAGAAACACUUAUGGCGACCUGCGCGGAAGCUCGCGUUUGGUGGCAUGAAGCUCGUGAAGAUGGUGUAACGGGUUUUGGGAUGUAUGGAGAGAGAGAGAGAGAGAUUAACACACUAUGUGCGUAUUAGGGGGCCAGCAGGUAAGGAAUAGCGAUGUUUGACAAGUUAAGGCUUUAGGUACACCAUGUUGACACGUUCCAGCCAUAGUUAACUCAUCCCUUAUUUAGGAGCUUGAUGCCUCUUCUGGCAAAUAGCAAGUGCACGGCACGGGUCCAAGAGUGAGCGUUCAAUUUAUUUAUUAUUUAUUUAGCCAGUAUGAUGCUAGAUAUUUUGUGAUUUAUUUGACAUCAUGUGGGAUAUCACGACCUCUAGACAAUACUCAAUAAUUAAUAAGAUUGAACUCCAA